AAUGGCGCCAAAAUUGACAGUUGUUGACAUCUGUUUUUGGUUGUGUUGUGGUUUGUGGUUAUAUUUUAUUUUGAUGAAAACAUUUAUUAUUUCACAAUGGUUUUGCAAAAUACUGGUAAAUAUAGAUCAGAUAGAGAAGAUUCAAGCAAGAAAGAUGCAGGUACUUCAUCAGGAAGCAGAGAAGAAUCAUCAGAAUCACGUAUAAGGGUAGCCUUGGAGAAUGACAAAAUUGACUCGAAAUAUGGAUUUGAUCGCGUACGAGAUGCCAAGGAAAGAACAGGUUACCUAAUAAAUAUGCACACAGCUGAAAUUCUAGAUGAAGACAAAAGGUUGGUGGCAGCGAUGGACUACUAUUUUAUUGAGAUGGACGGAGCCAGGUUCAAGAUAUCCCUGAUGUUCCAACCUUACUUCCUCAUCAUGGCCCGGCAGGAAUGUGAGCAGGAAGUCAUACAGUACUUGUCCAAGAAGUUUGCUGGGACUAUACACAAAAUUGAAAUCAUUGAAAAGGAGGAUUUGGAUUUGCUUAACCACUUAUCUGGUCUUAAACAAAGCUAUAUUAAGCUCUCCUUCAUGUCUCAAAAUGAAAUGAUGAAAGUUAGGAGAGAGAUACUCACAGCAGUUAAUAAGAAUAAAGAGAGGGAGAAAAAAGAUGCUAUUUACGCUGAAAUGCUGACCAACGCACUAACAAGUGCUGCUGCAUUGGAGUAUGCCAAGAAAACCACUGAUCACAUGGAAAAUAUUUUAGAUAUCAGGGAGCAUGAUGUGCCUUACCAUGUGAGAGUAUCCAUAGACAUGCAGAUAUUCUGUGGCACCUGGUACACUAUCAAAAGUCGCGGGACUGAGCCGCCAGUGUUCACCAAACGCGACGACAUCCUGGAACGACCUGACCCUAUAGUACUAGCCUUUGAUAUAGAAACCACAAAGUUGCCAUUAAAAUUCCCUGAUUCACAAACCGAUCAGAUUAUGAUGAUCUCAUACAUGAUUGAUGCUCAAGGAUACUUGAUCACUAAUAGGGAGAUAAUUUCUACUGAUGUUGAAGAUUUUGAAUACACUCCUAAACCUGAAUUUGAAGGGCAGUUCAUAGUAUUCAAUGAAGAAAACGAAUUGGCUCUAAUACAGAAGUUUUUUGACCACAUAAUGGAUGUGAAACCCCACAUUUUCGUCACAUACAACGGUGACUUUUUCGACUGGCCCUUCGUGGAGGCGCGAGCUGCGAUUCUGGGACUUGACAUGAAGCAGGAGAUUGGCUUCAGUAAGAUCACAGCCCGUGACGGCAGCUACGCCUGCCGCCCUGCUAUGCACAUGGAUUGUCUAUGCUGGGUAAAAAGAGAUUCAUACCUGCCAGUGGGGUCUCAAGGUUUAAAAGCCGUAGCCAAAGCGAAACUCAGGUACGACCCGGUAGAAUUGGACCCUGAAGACAUGUGUCGCAUGGCGGCUGAACAACCACAGGUGCUAUCCAACUAUUCAGUGUCUGAUGCAGUGGCCACAUACUACUUGUACAUGAAAUACGUCCAUCCAUUCAUAUUUGCGUUAUGUACUAUUAUCCCAUUGGAGCCAGAUGAGGUACUCCGCAAAGGUUCCGGUACGCUGUGCGAGUCGCUGCUCAUGGUGCAAGCGUUCCACGCGAAUAUAGUCUUCCCGAAUAAGCAAGUGGAGGAGCUUAAUAAGCUUACUAACGAUGGACACGUGUUGGAGACCGAGACUUACGUAGGAGGCCACGUAGAAGCGUUGGAAUCUGGUGUUUUUCGGGCAGACAUCAAAUGCAAGUUCCGAAUCGUCCCAUCAGCCGUGGACAACCUCAUAUCCACCAUUGAGAAGACUAUGAAACAUGCCAUAGAAGUCGAAGAGGGUAUUCCCCUAGAUCUGGUCACCAAUUUCGAUGAGGUGUGCGGCGAGAUACGCGCCAAGUUGGAACAUAUGAGGGAUCACCCGAGGAGGGACGAAAACCCGCUCAUUUACCAUUUGGACGUAGGCGCUAUGUACCCUAACAUCAUUUUGACUAACAGAUUACAACCGUCAGCGAUGGUCAACACUAGCAUUUGUGCUGUGUGCGACUACAACAAGCCCGGCGCCACUUGCCAGAGGCACAUGGAGUGGAUGUGGCGAGGAGAUUAUCUGCCAGCAACAAGAAGCGAAUACCAAAGAAUACAGCAGCAGUUGGAGACUGAAAAGUUUCCCCCUCUACACCCAGGAGGACCUCAGAGAGCCUUCCAUGCUUUACCUAAAGAAGAUCAGGCCGCGUAUGAGAAAAAGCGGUUAGCGGACUACUGUAGAGUAGCGUACAAGAAAACCAAAGUAACUAGAACUGAAGUGCGGACCACGACGAUAUGUCAAAAAGAGAAUUCCUUCUACGUCGACACAGUACGAGCUUUCAGAGACCGUCGCUACGAGUACAAAGCGCUGAACAAACAGGCCAAAGCGAAAGUGGCCGAGGCCGUGGCGAGUGGCGACGCGGCCGAGAUCAAAUCGGCCAAGAGUCGGGAGGUCCUCUAUGACUCGCUGCAACUGGCCCAUAAGUGCAUCCUCAACUCUUUCUACGGCUAUGUUAUGAGGAGAGGUGCGCGCUGGCACAGCAUGGAGAUGGCGGGCAUCGUGUGCUACACGGGCGCCAACAUCAUCAUGAAGGCGCGCGAGAUCAUCGAGCAGGUCGGCCGCCCGCUCGAGCUCGACACCGACGGUAUUUGGUGCAUACUCCCGUCGUCGUUCCCUGAAAACGUUACAGUUCACACUACUCAUCAGAAGAAGAAAAAGAUCAAUGUGUCGUAUCCAAACGCUGUGUUGAACGCAAUGGUCAAGGACCAUUUCACAAACGACCAAUAUUUCGAGCUGGUUGACCCGGAGACGAAGAAAUACGAACAGCGAGCUGAGAAUUCCAUCUUCUUCGAAGUAGACGGACCUUACCUGGCGAUGGUACUGCCGGCUUCUAAGGAGGAAGGCAAGAAACUAAAGAAGCGAUACGCUGUCUUCAAUUUUGAUGGAUCCUUGGCCGAGUUAAAAGGUUUCGAAGUCAAAAGACGAGGAGAACUGCAGCUCAUAAAAAUCUUCCAAUCGUCAGUAUUCGAAGCCUUUCUCAAAGGAAACGAUCUCAAGUCUUGCUACAGCGCCGUGGCCAAAGUGGCUGAUUACUGGCUUGACGUGUUGUAUAGCAAAGGCUCGAACAUGCCGGAUUCGGAACUCUUCGAGCUGAUCUCCGAAAAUAGGUCCAUGUCCAAAAAGCUGGAGGACUAUGGAGGUCAAAAGUCGACGUCUAUAUCGACGGCGAAGAGAUUGGCGGAGUUUCUUGGAGAUCAGAUGGUGAAGGAUGCAGGAUUGGCUUGCAGGUUCAUAAUAUCAAAAAAGCCCGAAGGCGCGCCAGUAACAGAGCGAGCCAUCCCGCUGGCCAUCUUCCAGUCACCAGCAGCCGUGCGGCGCCACCACCUGCGGCGCUGGCUCAAGGACAGCAGCCUGUCGGACCACGUGGACAUCCGCGACGUGCUGGACUGGGGCUACUACAUCGAGCGGCUCAGCGGCGCCAUCCAGAAGAUCAUCACCAUCCCGGCUGCCAUGCAGGGGUUGGACAACCCAGUACCUCGAGUCCAAUACCCAGACUGGCUGCACAAGAAGAUGUUGGCUAAAACCGACAAGUUCAAGACGAGGAAAAUAACUGACAUGUUCUCGGCGAAACCGAAAGAGAUCACUGAGAACGGCGAAGAUGAUGCUGAGGCGUCUACGAGUAAUCAACCAGAUUGUAUGGAAACAGAAGUAGACAUAGAAGAUAUAGGCAAAGAGAACAAAACCCACAGUGACGUCAUUCGGCCAGUAGUGCACACGGUGAAACGGAAGCGAGAGGAGUCGCCUACAAAAGAAGCGACGACGUGGCGAGAAGCGUUAGGUCCUCCGCCACCUUUCGGAACCACCAAGGAAGAGAGAAAACAAUGGAUACUGUUUCAAAAGAAAAAAUGGAUGUGGCAAAUGGAACAGCGUGGUUUCCGCAGCCGGAGUAAACGAGGUAAAAUGGACGACAAUAGCGCGAUGCCGCCUCCGAAAUAUUCGGGAUCGACGAACACGCUGGGCGGGUUCAUUCGGAAGGCGCAGCGCACGUUACUCAACACUCCUUGGCAGAUUAUACAGGUGGCUGAGACAGCAGAGCCCGGUUUAUUCAAGCUAUGGGCAUUAGUAGGCAGCGAGCUCCACCAAAUCAAGCUGACAGUACCUCGCAUCUUCUACGUGAAUCAGCGCGUUGGCCGCGCCGCCGACAGCGGGCAGUACUGGCGCAAGUGCUCGCGAGUGCUGCCGCGCGCGCACCCCGCGCUGCACCUCUACCAGUACUGCGUGCCCGAGCAGCUGUACCGGGAGCACCAAGAGGAGCUAAUGGGUGAACUGUCAACCCCAGAAAUCGAGGGCAUCUACGAGACGCAGAUGAGCUUAGAGUUCCGAGUACUCGUGCAGCUGGGAUGUAUUUGCGCUGUGGAUCAAAAAGAGGCGAGACGACUAAUUCAAUUCGGAUCAAACAAUAUGGAUUCAUUCACACUGAGUCAGUUACAGUUCAAGAGUGUUGCACAUCAGCCUUAUUUACAAAAAGUAGACGGCGUAUCACCAGUGAAACAUAUCUAUCUCUACCAACAUGCGGCGCUCAAUUCUAGCCGGAGUAUGUGGGCGCUAAUUCUAGGUCCUGUCAAGCGCGGGUAUAUCUUUGUACUCGACACGGUCAAAACCAACCAGGUGCCUAAUAUGAACACGCUGUACACUACAGAGCGGAGUGCCAAAAUAAACCUCGGCACCGACGAAAGCACCCUACCCGGCGCAGAACUAACAUGGGAAGUGACAGUAGAAACAGAAGCGCGCGCGGUAUGGCGCGGGGUCCAGCGAGCCUUGCAGCGUUACCGCGACGAGAAGUGUGGUCCCACGCUGCUGGCUAUCCAGGCUGCGUUGUCCACGCCCGCGCUCAUGGCGCUUAUGCCUGUGACAGUAGAAACAGAAGCGCGCGCAGUAUGGCGCGGGGUCCAGCGAGCCUUGCAGCGUUACCGCGACGAGAAGUGUGGUCCCACGCUGCUGGCUAUCCAGGCUGCGUUGUCCACGCCCGCGCUCAUGGCGCUUAUGCCUGCCAUACCUUCUGUUGGUUCUACUAAGUACCGCGACGAGAAGUGUGGUCCCACGCUGCUGGCUAUCCAGGCUGCGUUGUCCACGCCCGCGCUCAUGGCGCUUAUGCCUGGUCUAUCGGAUUUCCCUCUGGUGCCUUUACACGUGCGUGACGUAGAAACACUUUACAACACGCUAGAAUGGCAGCGGGUCGGCGCGCGUGCAAUCGUGCGCCACUACUUGAGUCUUGAGGCCGCGCUACAGCUGACUGUGGAGCAGUGCAGAUAUUUCCACGUACCAUUAGGCAACAUGCCGGCGGACCCGACGCUGUUCGGCGCGGACCUGUUCUACGCGCGGCACCUGGUCAAGCACAACUUCGUACUGUGGUGUUCCAACCUCGAGCGCCCCGAUCUGGGCGGGAGGGAGACUGACGACAACCGACUAGUGAGCGAAGUGGAGGAACUAUCCGGCUGCACGCACAACGCGAGUGGCGCCUACAACACCGUGUGCGUGGAGCUAGAGAGCGACGCGCUGGCCGUGUGCGCGCUGCUACAAGCGCAGCACGUGCUGCAGGCCGAGGGCACCAGCGCCGCCACCUCCUUCGGCGCGCAGCACGCCAGCAUCCAGCAGGCGCUGCACCACACCGGCGCCAACGCGUCCCUAACCUACGACGAGGCGGCGCAGGUGAGCGGCGCCUUCAAGGUGCUGCGCGGCAUGAUCGCGUCGUGGCUGCGUGACGUCACGCAGUACAAGAACGUGUUCGCCGACUUCCAGAUCUCACAUUUCUAUAGGUGGCUAAAGACUCCUACAUCGCUGUUAUACGACCCAGCGCUGCGGCGAACUCUAUACAACUUGAUGAAGAAGUUGUUCCUUAUGCUGGUAGCAGAGUUCAAGCGAUUGGGCUCGCUCAUCGUGUACGCGGAUUUUAACAAGAUUCUGUUGUGUACUAAGAAGAAUUCGGUCCUUGAUGGCAUUGGCUAUGUGGAGUUCGUGGUGCAAAGCAUCAGGAACAAAGAACUCUUCCACGGAAUCGACAUCCGAUACAAGCAGUGCUGGUCCUACCUACUCUGGUUAGACGAAGCCAACCACGCUGGAAUACAGGGUAAACUGCCUGAAGGACUAGUUGAAGUUGGAUCAUCACAAGUGCCUUCGACGGAAGAGAAUGGGGAAGACGAGGACGGCUCAAUAACGAUGCAGUGGAACCUCUCCCAGUUCCUACCAGCGGCAGUGCGUGAGCAGUUCACGGCAGCUAUAGCCGGCUUCCUGAGCGCGGCGUACUCGGAACCCGCGCGACUGCCCGCGCUGCUACAAGGAGAAAUUGCUCAGAAACUGUUCCAAGUGACAGAGAAGAUCCACAGUCGCAUGCCGUCACUACGCGCGGCGGACGUGACGCCGCAGCCGGGGCUCCGCUCGGACGCGCUGCCCGCCGGCGCCACGCCCGCGCUGCUGUACGUCGCCGCCGUCUGCAAGGCGCUCUCGCUGGACGCGGCGCUGCAGCACGAGCCGGGGCUCCGCUCGGACGCGCUGCCCGCCGGCGCCACGCCCGCGCUGCUGUACGUCGCCGCCGUCUGCAAGGCGCUCUCGCUGGACGCGGCGCUGCAGCACGAGCACAGGGACAGCCGCGUGCGUCACCACGCGGGCGGACGUGACGUCACAGCCGGGGCUCCGCUCGGACGCGCUGCCCGCCGGCGCCACGCCCGCGCUGCUGUACGUCGCCGCCGUCUGCAAGGCGCUCUCGCUGGACGCGGCGCUGCAGCACGAGGUGACGUCACAGGGACAGCCGCGUGCGUCACCACGCGGGCGGACGUGACGUCACAGCCGGGGCUCCGCUCGGACGCGCUGCCCGCCGGCGCCACGCCCGCGCUGCUGUACGUCACCGCCGUCUGCAAGGCGCUCUCGCUGGACGCGGCGCUGCAGCACGAGGUGACCCUCCUCAGACGGAAUCUCCUACGCCUGAUCGGCGUCGGCGAGUUUAGCUCACUGGCCGAAUGGCGCGACCCGUGCGCGUCGUGCGUGCUCAGCGAGGUCAUCUGCAAGGUGUGCAACCACUGCCGCGACCUCGACCUCUGCCGCGACCCCGGGCGCGCGCUGCAGGGCGACGUGCCGGUCUGCGUCUGCCCUACUUGCGGUACGGCGUACGACAACCAAGAGCUGGAGUGGAGACUGAUCGAGACCAUGAACAGGCGGGCUAUGACCUACACGCUCCAAGACCUCAUCUGCAGCAGGUGCCAUCAGAUAAAGCGCGAGAACCUAUCAACGGUGUGCGACUGCGCCGGCGACUUCGCGCCGCUAAUGCCUGCGCGGGAGGUGCGCGCGCAACUAGAUACCUUCGCCACCAUCGCGCGCUACUACCGCAUGCCGCUGCUCAUGGAGCUUAUACAGUUCAACCUGGCCAACAUGUGAUAAUUAGAAUAAGAAUUGUGUAAUAAAUUAGAUUAAGGAUUAUGUUAUUAAAUAUUUUUAUAAUGAUA